AUGACACCCUUCACACUGUCACCUGAACACAUAUAUGCACUCCGUUGGGAACGCCACCAGGAAGACACCCUCGAUAUCAUUGCCUUGCAACCAUUACAACAUCUUCAACCACUCAGCGAGACCCUCCAAGUACACUGGACGCCUCUCGCCGCGGGAAGCAAACGUGAGCUGCACGCCAUAGCCGAUGAGACCUCGACACCGCCUGCCGCGCUUCCAAGCUCCCACAUCAUUGGCCAGGUGAAGCAAGCGGCUGGCAAAAACCUAUACCAGCUUGAGCUCGCGGAUGGACAGACCAUUCUGGCAGAACUGGGGUCGCGCUUUCGAUCCACCGUCUGGAUGAAGCGAGGAUCGUUCGUCGUGGUCGAUACCUCCGCACUCGCCGACAGGGAGAACAAGCUUGGUGGCGAGAUUGUGAACGUGGUGCGGGAUGAGCGGGCGUGGCGGAAAAUGUCCUGGUGGCCAAAGGAGUUUGCUACAAAGAAGUCGGCUUAUGAAGAUGACUCUGAUGACGAAGGACCAACGAUGCCGCCUUUGGAUUCGGAGGAGGAGGCGAAUUGA